UGUUGCCGCCUUCGAACACGAGCGAAGAGAUGGCUGUGAGGGAGGCGGCGGUGGGCCUUCCCGGGUUCGGGAGGGAAGAAGAAGCGGCACUGCUUUUCGAGAGGGCCCAUUACCGGCACGACCCACGCUGGCUGCUGCCCGUGCCCCCACGUCUCUGCCUGGCCUGCGCGCUGGAGCUGCUGCCGGAGCCCGGUGUGUCGCUUGUACGCAAGAAGCAUGUGCUGUCCUGCUUCCGAGAUGCUCUCAUGAGGCAUGCCUCCCUGGUCAUGCAGCUGGUGGCUCAGGAUCAGAGAAUAUGCAUCCACUUCAUAAGCAUGCUUUUCGGACUGUUAUGCAAUGUGGAGGAUGGGAGUAUAACAGACCUCUGUAUUGAAGUCCUUAUCCAGCUUACAACUCAGCUGAAGUUAGAGCAGGCCAUUCACUACCUGCUGGAUGAGUGUCACAAAGAGCUAUGUAACAUGCCCUCCAUGCGAGGCAGCCUGGCCACCCUGACCCUCCUCGGCAAGUUGGUGGAUGCCAUCCCUGCUCUGGCAGACAAGCUUGUGAUGGAGCACAGUGACCUCAUGGAACAUCUAUUGAGAGGUUUAGUGUACCCUAAUGAGGGGGUCCAGGCUUCUGUCUGCUACCUCUAUGGGAAGCUGUACUCCUCACCAGUUGCAGCUGAGAUGCUUUUGGGCCAUUUCCGAGAGAAGCUGUGUCCUGUCUUUCUUUCCACGAUGCAUGGUGCCCAGUCAAAGGAGCUACAGAUCAAUUGCCUAGGUUUGCUGAGGCAGCUGCUGAAGUAUGAUCUCUUUGUGUCCAUGAUCAUGAGCAAGUCUGCGCUGGCGGAAAGUACUGAGAGUGCUGAGGGGCCACCAGGAGAGACCUCACUGCCGCUGGUGCUCAAAAAACUUCUUCUCUCCAGAGAUGAGACUCUGCAGGUGGCCAGUGCCCACUGUAUAACCGCAGUGCUGGUCCACUCCCCAGCGAAGCAUGCCCCGGCUUUCCUCCAUGCUGACAUCCCAGAGUUCCUCUUUGAGCAUCUUUCCUCUUCCAGUGAAGUGCUCGUUUGGUCCAGCUACAACUGCCUGAUACUCCUGGCAGAAGAGCCGCUCUUCUUUUCCAAGUGCCACACAGUGUACGGGAUUGAGUCGGUGGUGAGGAGCCUACACGGGAGCCUGAGGAUGAACAACACCGAGCUGCACAAGCAGGGGCUGCUGCUCUUUGCCGAGAUUUUGACCCGGCAGCCGGAGGAGAUCAAACUGUUCACAAGCUCAGCCAUGUGCAGAGAUGCUGGCCGUGCCCUCCAAGAGGCACUGAGCAGUCCUGUGCUGGAGGUGGCUGCUGAGGCAGUGAGGGCCACUUCUGCCUUUCUGAGGAAGGACCAUCAGAGUGCCCUACCUGUGCUGUACAAGGAAUUGCAGGCCUUGCUCGAAGCCAUGCUGAGCCGGUGUGCAGAUUUUUCCCAGACCCCACUGAACUGGAGACCCACGGGCCAUGCCUCCAACAGAGAUUCAGAGAAGGCCAUUCUUCGAAGGGGAAAUUUCCUCCUGAGCACUCUGGAGGGAUUUAGAAAUGCCUGCCGGUUGGCUGUGGAAUUCCAGAACGAGCCUUCGGCCCAGGAGAAUCCAUUCACAGCUCCCGGUGCGGAGAACGAAGACACCUUGGAGGCCUUCUCAGAAUUUCUUCUCAGUGCCUGUGACUCCCUGUGUAUCCCCAUGGUGAUGAGGUACUCAGAGCAGGCCACUAACCCAGCCUUGAUGGAGGUGUUCCUCUCGAUUCUGCACAGCCUUUUUGUCGUCGUUCCCCACAUGAAGGAGAAAUUUUCCAGGAAGCUCGCUGCCUCAUCCUUCAUACAGCUGACUCUGGAACUAAAGGCCAGGUUCUGCAGUGACUUGGGUCACUCCUCCCUAAACCAGGUGUGUUCCAGUUUCCUCUACUCCAUGUGCAUCAACCUCCUCUCCGCUCCAGAGAAGACAGCACCACUUUCCCAAGAAGAACUCUCUGCAGUGUCUGAGCUCCUGCAGCAUGGAUUGCCCCAGAUAAGCAGCAGGAGCCCUGAAAGCCUUGCUUUCCUGUCAGAUCGCCAGUACAUGGAGGGAGCUGCUCGCCAGAAGCAGUAUUGCAUCCUGCUCCUCUUCUACCUGGCCUACAUCCACGAGGACAGGUUUGUCUCAGAGGCGGAGUUAUUCAUGGCCGUGCAAAGCUUCCUUCUGUCCCUGCAGGACCAGGGCGAGCGCCCUCCACUGGUGGUCUUCAGAGCUUCCGUCUAUCUGCUUGCAACCUGCCAGGACAAAGAUGGUGCACUAGAUGAGGCCGUGGCCAGUGCCAUCAGAAAAUUCCUGGAGUGGGUCCCGGACUUGCACCUAGUCUACACCCACCACCCCCACCUACUCAGGUUAUUCCUGUUGUAUCCAGAGCUGAUGAGUAGGUUUGGGCACCGUGUCCUGGACCUUUGGUUCUCCUGGGAAGAGAGCAGCUAUGAGGAGCUGGAUGAUGUCUCCUCUGGUGGGCAGCCCACCCUUCCUGCCAGCUUAGCAGUCCUGUUUCACAUACUCAGAAGCAGCCCCAGCAUCCUGCUCAUUUUGCUAGACCUCAUCUAUUCCAGCCCCGUGGACACAGCCCGCAAGGUACUGAUCAUCCUGAGGGCCUUUUUGAGGAGGAAUGUGGAUGUCCAGGUGGGCGGUCUCAUCCGAGGCCACUUCCUGUUGAUUCUACAGCACCUACUGCUGGAACAUGGGUCCUCCCCCUCAGGAGCCUCGGGGAACCUGCCUUUGCUGCUGAGCCUCCUCUCCUUAGUGCAGCUGAGGAACGAAUCAGAGCAGGAACUGGACAGCAUGGCCAUGAAGCUCCUUCACCAAGUGAGCAAGCUGUGUGGGAAAUGCAGCCCCACUGACACGGACAUCCUGCAGCCCUCCUUCAACUUCCUGUACUGGAGCCUUCAUCAGACCACGCUGGGCAGUCAGAAAAGAGCUGCUGCAGUGCUCCUGAGCAACACAGCCCUGAUAGAGCUUCUGGAGAAGAUGCUGGCGCUCACCUGGGCCGAGGAGGGCUCGCCUGGGACCACGCUCCUCUGCUCUGCCUGGCUGCUCACUGCCUCCUUCUCUGCCCUGCAACACAGUGGGGGUCUGCAGGUUCACCAGAUGCUUUCUGUGGAACUGGACCAAGUAUUGAAGGCCCUCAGCUUCCCAAAGAAAAAGGCUGCACUGCUCUCAGCUUCUAUCUUAUGCUUCCUGCGGACAACCCUGCAACAAAGCUUCUCCUCUCCCCUGGUGACCCUACUGCCCUCAGGGGCCCAGCCACCGCCAGCCCCUGAGGACACUGUCCUAUCCCCACUGGGAACAUCACAAGUGCUGUCCCUGAUCAUUGGACUCCAGAACCUCCUGGUGCAGAAGGACCCUCUGUUGUCUCAUGCCUGUGUUGGCUGCCUGGAGGCCUUGCUUGACUACCUGCAUGCCCGGAGCCCAGACGUUGCACUUCAUGUGGCCUCCCAGCCCUGGAAUCGUUUUUUGCUCUUCACCCUCCUGGAUGCUGGAGAGAAUUCCUUCCUAAGACCUGAGAUCUUGAGGCUCAUGACACUGUUUGUGCGGUUCCGGAGCAGCAGCAUCCUCUCUCGUGAAGAGGUGGGUCACGUGCUGCAAGGCGCAGCUUUGGCUGACCUCUCUACCCUCUCAGAUGCCACGCUCCAGGCUCUGCGUGGCUUCUUCCUGCAGGUCCAGAGCAUGGGCCUCCUGGCUGAUCACAGCAUGGCCCAGACCCUGCGGGCCUCCUUGCAAGGCCUUUCCCCCAGGGCCUCCAUGGUCCAGCCACCCCUGCAGGACAUGCUCUGCCUGGAAGGGGUGGCUGUAUCCCUGUCCCACAUCAGAGACUGACCCUCAGGAACUGAAGGCCUGGAAAUGGAGAGAGCGGAGACCUGGAGAAGACGAAGUCAGGGCACAGUGGUUGGGUGGAAAUGGGUGACACGUGCAGCUGUUCACCUGGAGACAUUUACUCCACCACUGAAAUUGAAUAGGGAAAUAAAGUGAUGCACUGGCCAACCUGUAUGGGCUCUCCAAAAACUUGCCUCCCUCCAGCUGGUUCUGCAGCCCAGGUGGAUGGCUUCCUUGGGGAGUGAGGGGCGGGGUUUGUUCUGGUAACACCAGCACCAGCUGCUUGCCUCAGGUGCAGACACCAGUCAGGCCAUCCUGGGGGCUGGAGGGGCAGAAGGCGGCUAUGUAUUUGAUGCUCUUGUGAUCCAAGUGCUCUGGGAAGUACUGUACCUGUUGCUUCAGGUCAUGUGAAGGUGGAGAGAGGUACAGUUACCAGUCAAGGAAGGUAAGUGGGUCAAGCCUUUCCCAGACUUCCUAGCUGAGGGAAACUGUUCUAGGCAGCCCUUCCCCAGCUGAAGUAGGUCUCCUGUGUUUAUUGCCCGUAGGGCCCUCCUUUGAGCUUGUAUUUGUGUGCCCACGUGUGUGGUUCUCUUAAGGUCUGCGCUCCACAGCUGCCCGCUCCUGUUCUGAAUGCAGCCCACCAGAACCUUUAGCUCCCUUUCCAUCUGUCUGCCAGGGGCCCCAGUGCCUGUAGCUGGCUAUCCCUUACUGGCCCUACACGAAUCGGGGCUGAACUCUGCUAACUAUAGGACAGAGAAGGAUCCGACGAAAUUGGUUUAGAACUUGGUGGACCGGGGCGGGGGCGGGGGGGGGGGGCGAGCAGGGGACGCCUGGACUCUGCACUGCAGGUUACUGAGAAAGUCACAACAAACUGAUCAGCACAACUGCAGUUUGAAAAACCCUCAGCUGACUAAACGGUUUCGGGAGGGCGCGAGGAAGGUCGCCGGGCCGGCAGGGUCAAGGCCCCGGUAGGCUGACACGUCCUUUAACGUUAGGCACAGACCCCAAGCUGACCACUUCCUCCAACCCGAUCUUAACACGCGCCACGUGUGUAAGCCGCGGCGUGUGGUGGGCUGGGCGAGACAGGCGGACAGCCCGCAGGACUCGUGCCGGAGCCUACGGGGCGGGGCCGGAGGUGAGGUCAGCGAACGGCUGUCGCGGUCCGCGCUCAUUGGUCAGGAGCGGCACGGUGGGCGGAGCGGCGCUCCUGGUCCCGCGCUGCUGUUCUCUGGCUCUCAAGAGGUUCCGCGACUCUGCUGAUCGCUCGCAGACCCUCGAGUUGAGCUCCGCCGAGCUGCACGCCGACUGCCUGCCCACUCGCCAGCGGCGCCGGACUGGGUUAUUCCUCUAGCUCCAGGGUCUUGGAUAUGGACCUUCUUCAGUUCCCGGCCUUCCUGUCUGUCCUGCUACUGUCCGGAACAGCAGUCACAGGCACCCUGAGCACCUCUCUGGACCCGAGCCUGGAGAUCUACAAGAAGAUGUUUGAGGUGAAGCGGCGGGAGCAGCUGUUGGCACUAAAAAACCUAGCACAGCUGAAUGAUGUCCACCAGCAGUACAAGAUCCUUGAUGUCAUGCUCAAGGGGCUGUUUAAGGUGCUGGAGGACUCCCGGACAGUGCUCAUUGCUGCAAAUGUGCUCCCAGAAGGGCCCUUCCCCCAGGACGAGAAACUGAAGGAUGGUAUGCUCUUCCCAACUUCACCCUCUCCUCCUCCCCGCCACCUUGAUCUUCUCUAGAUGCUCCCUCCCUCCUGUUCUUGUCUCCCCCCCCCCCCGAAAGUCCCCUCUUGUGGCAUCUUCCAAGUGGUCCCAUUGGGUAGUUGUCCUGUGCUUUGGUGCUGUCCUGUGCUUGGGGCAGGGGAAUCAGGAAGAAGCCUUUGCCCAUUACCACUCCAGGAAUCCUUGCCUUCUCUACCACCCUGCCCCUUCUGGUAGAAAAAGCAAGUUGUUCCCUGAGGCCUGUUGAAGUGACUGGCCCAUGGGAGCAGUUACCAGCACUCUUGACUACUGUUCUGAAGGGCUCAACUCCCUUAAAUCCUUUUUGAGACAAAGAUGGGACCAACAUGCAUAAAUAAGGUAAAAGAAUAUUCUAUGUCCCUUCAUCUCCUCUUCUAAGAAUUUCUCUCCAGUGGUGAUUUCUCCCUCAUUAACUGGUUACAUUGUAACAAUAAAGUUUUUUAGAUUACAUUGUCUAAGAGAGGACAGAAGUAGUCUUUAUACAUCUUGAAUGGUGGGCACUUUACAAACAGCAUCUCAAAUUCCCUCUAUAACUCUGAGGAAGGUACUAUCACCUCCGUUUUUCAGAUGAAAGGACAGGUGGCUUGCUGUGACUCUUACCUAUAAACCAAGCUAAUUCCUGGGCUUUUGGCAGUUCCAGGUUGUUCCGAAGCCCAGGGUUCCUGCCCCACUUGUCUCAGACCUGGCCUAUCUUUGGAGGAGUCCGCUUCUCUCUCUGUGUGGCCUGGCCAGUGCUGGUGAGGGCUGCCACCAGGGCUGAGUGUAUAUAGUUACUGUUCUUCAUGCUGCCCUGGGUCAAAGGGACCUGCCACCAAAAUGGGCCCUAAACUCAAUCUAAACUGACCUGUUGACUAGAGGAAGGCUAUUAGUGGGAAAACUGACCAAAUUCAAAUAAAGUCUACGAAUGAGUUAACAGUAUUGUAUUGAUGUUAAUUUCCUGAUUUACAUAGUUGUGCAAUAGUUAUGUUAAGAUGACAGCAUUAGAGGAAGCCAAGUGAAGGAGUUUUGUGGUGUAUUAUGUAAGCCUAAAAUUAUUUCAAAAUAAGAACCUAAGCACUUAAAGUAAAAUAAAAUUGGACAUAACACUAAAUAGAAAACAAACUGACAUGUUCCCUGACCACGCUAGCAAAACUGACCCCUCACAGACACUGUAGUUGUGUUAACACCAGCGCCCAGCCCUGGACAUUAGAGGACCAAGUUGGGGAGGUUAGGCCCAGCAAAGCCUCUUGGGAUGCAUAUGCUUCCAUGUGCAAAAGACACCCACCUCGCUGGUGGCCAUGGCAAACGCGUCUUCUUAGUUGUGAAACACAGAGGAAAGAGCACGGCCUUUUGGAGUCAGACAGACCUGGGUUUGCAGCCCAGGUUUGCUACUCACUAGCCAUCAGCAUCAGUUUCCCAGGGGUAAAAUGGGAAUAGCAGCCACAUCUCCCUCUAAAGGCAGUUUUGAUGAUUCAGUGAUCUGUGGACAUAAAGCCCUUAGCACGCACUGCACACAUGGUCAGCCUGUGGGCAGCAGGCAGCUUUCCCUUCUCUGACGACUGGGCUAAUCCCCCGUUCUCUGGAGGGUGAGUAGGGUUGGCCAGGAGGGCUGGAGAAGGGCAUCUCCCCGGCCCCUCAUCAGGGUCUUCUCGGCAGCUUUCUCCCAAGUGGUGGAGAACACGGCCUUCUUUGGCGACGUGGUGCUGCGCUUCCCAAGGAUUGUGCACCAUUACUUUGACCACAACUCCAACUGGAAUCUCCUCAUCCGCUGGGGCAUCAGCUUCUGCAACCAGUCAGGCGUCUUUGACCAGGGGCCCCACUCGCCCAUCCUCAGCCUGAUGGCCCAGGAGCUGGGGAUCAGCGAGAAAGACUCUGACUUCCAGAACCCAUUUAAAGUAGACCGCACAGAGUUCAUCUCCAGCACUGACCCUUUCCAGAAGGCCCUGAGGGAAGAGGAAAAACGCCGGAAGAAAGAGGAAAAGCGGAAAGAGAUCCGAAAAGGCCCUCGGAUCUCCAGAUCCCAGUCCGAGUUAUAGCCCCUGAGCAGGCCAGGGUUCAAGGGGCCAGGAGGCGGCCAGUCAGGAGGAAGAGGAGGAUGCAGCAGCGUCAGCUAGUGGUGAGAGCUGGCCCAUGUGAGGGGAGGCUGAGUCUGCUCAGCCCCCUGGAGCCAGCUCUGAGCCCCAGCUAAGGGACUGGGCCGCAGAGGGCUGGAUUUCCUCCCUGCGACUUCCGCAGAGUGGUGCCAAUGGAGCCUUCAGAGGGUGCUAGGCUGCACACCAACUGUGGAGAUGCUGCAAAAAGCAGGAGGGAACCUGGGCUGGAUUCUCCCAGUGGGUUAGGACCCCUGACUAGUUGGCUGCUGUCCGUUGUGGGAGGCUGCUGUCAUGCCUGCUGCUGGCCCCUCUGUGUUACUGAGUUGCCUGGCACAGGUCUCAGCCCCCUGCAGAAACACAAUAAAAGCCCACUAAUCCUCUGGGCUAACAGAGGCUGGUUUGGGCACCAGGGAGCUGUAAGCCUCUCCAUGGGGCAGGUGGGAGGGGCCUGGGUGGGGGGCUCAGGGCCCUCAGAUGCAGAGAUGACAUUUAAGGAUGUCCCUUCCUCAUCGGGAAGAGCCUCAGGCCCUGGCAGGGCAGCAAAGCACAAGCUUGGCUAUGGCCUUCUCUUCCCUUCGCAGCACUGUCCUUGAUGAAGGGACCAGAAGUAUCUGAGGAGGGUGUUUAGCCCAAGACAACCUUGGAGCGACAUGGUCUCUGUCCUCAGAUAUCCAGGGAUGGCCGUGAUCAGGCACAGGGAAGAAUCAGCUUGUCAUCUCUGGCAGUGUUGGGAGACCCCUGGCCUGUGUGUAGGGCCUUUGGUGGACAGGCUGCAGCUCUGCAGGAGGCUGUGCUUUGUAAGGGGAGGGCUGCUCCGAGCUGGAUUGGUCGGACAGCAAGCUCUCUGUGUCAGGGCCAGGGGGCAGGGAAGCUGCAGAGGGAGGUGGGCCUUGAGUAGGCACUGCCCUUCAGUCAUGUCCUUCCCAGGCAGAAAAGGGAGGGGCUCCAGUAGGAAUUCUAGCUCUUAAGCUGACUUUGCCAAGUCAGGGUCUGCCUCUUAAAAGCAGAGACACACAACUGUCUCCAGCUCCUCACUGCUACCAGAACCCAAGGGAGACCUGGAGUCUAUCUCAGCCCAUUAGACUUGCUGAGUGACCCCUGGCCCACCCCUUCCUUGUGUUGUGGCUUCACUGAUGUAAUGAAUUUGAUAAUGUCUGAACCCUCUGUCCAGCCCUAAAUUGCUUCUCCGAGGUCGGGGCCUGGCUUCUCAGUGACAGGUGCCCUUCUCUGAUGGUUCUUUGUUCUCCCAUGUAUUUGCUGAGCACCCACUGUAAGCACAGCCAAAGAGAGGGGCCCACUCUUAUCCUGUCUUCACCUCUGCCCCAUCUAGCAUCUCUGUUCUCCUGGGUUUUUCCUUCUACACCUUCACUUCUCUCCAUCUUGGCUGAUCCCUUCUCCACCUUCAAAUGGACUCAAGUUUCCCCAUCUGACACCUUAAGAGGUACAAAUAGAACUAUUCUGCUCUCGUCCCUGGGCAGGUCCACCUGGGAGCUGUGGGAGCAUCUGUAGAGUGGGAGACAGACUGGGUCCACUUACCUGACCUGGUGCUCAGAGAUCCCUCUGCAGAGGUUUACUGAGGCUCUGGGAUGGGAAGGCAUUGGACCACAAUGAAAGUGAGCCAUAUGGUAUGCCAGCAUCACCCCCAGUGUGGGGAGCCCUGUGCGAGCCACUGAAGGGUACAUGUGAAGAUGACACUGCCCAGCUCAGUGCCUGGACCAGAGCAGGGCAGCGGGGUUUGAUUUUGUUUCCGGGUAAGACUGGUGUAACCUAUACCGGCUCUUCUGCAUGUAAACAAGAGAACGUUCCUCUCUCCCCCAGGUACUUUAUUAUGUUAUACAUGUUCAUUAUAAAAAGUAAUUUAAAUAAUACUGAAAUGCCAAGAAGAAAGUAAGAUUCACCCUGGGAGUUCCUGUUGUGGCUCAGCGGGUUACAAACCCGACUAGUACCCAUGAGGAUGCAGGUCUGAUCCCUGGGCUCACUCAGUGGGUUAAGGAUCCAGUGUUGCCAUGCGCUGUGGUGGUAUAGGUUGCAGAUGUGGCUCAGAUCCUGUGUUGCCGUGGCUGUGGUGGAGGCUGGCAGCUGCAGCUCCGUUUUGACCCCUAGCUUGCGAACUUCCACAUGCUGCAGGUUUGGCCCUAAAAAGCAAAAAAAAAAAAAAAAAGAGAAAGUAAGAUUUACCCUGAAUCCUACCACUCCCAUAAUUAUAACUGACACUCAGCUAUUAGGCCUUCCAUCCUGCCCUUCAUGUGACACACAGAUCCUUGUUUUCUCAGUUAUAAUAACUACCUUGCAGGGGCCCUAACCGUAUGUCAGGCCUUAUUCCAAGUGCUGGCUUCCAUCAGCUGCUUCUGCUGCAGGGCCUUUGUGUUGUUUGUUCCCUUGGCUAUACCAGAUGCAGUUCUCAUAAUUUCAGGUUUCGUCUUAAAUAUCAAUGUUUUCUUUACCGGACCAGAGGCUCUCAGAGGGCAGGAAUUGUCUCUUUGCUUGCCCCAGAGAUGUUCAAUAAAUAUUGUCAAAUGAA